UGUAAAUAUAUUAAGUGGAGCCCACCUGAAGCUUCCUUGAAGCUUCCUCCUUUCUCAUAUUGUAUAUACACCUCAAUACAACAAUCAGAACAUGGUGAAAACAUAGAUUGAGAACUGAUAGAAAUGAGAAUCAAAAUUCAGUUCGGAUACCUCCUCUCUGUUUCCCAAAUUCUCUCCUCAGUUUUCUUUGGUUUUAUAACACGUUAUCAGCACGAUUUCUCUAUCUCCAAAUUCAGAGCCUUAACGCUCUCUCUCUCUCGCUCUCGUUUCAGAAACUGAAAAUUAGCUCCAUCACAUCCGCAGAUAUCAACCCAUUUUUUUUUUCAGAGAGAGAAAGAAAGAGAGAGAGAGGAGAAAGUAAAACCAUGAGAAUUGAUCAAGGCACCGACCAUUGAAUUGAUCAAGGGAGGCCAGCUUCUGUCUCUAAGAAAAGAAUAAAUAAAAAAAUAAAAAAUAUAAAAAAAAUAUAAAAAAAAAUUACAGCCCUUGUAAUUUUGAAUUUUGUGAGUCAUGUUUUUCUUUUUAGAAAAUCUUGAGAACUCAACAGCCAUCACAGAUUCAUGGAGUCGGCGUAAGCUUGGGUCCCGAGCCCAUCCAUGGAGUCGGCGAUCGGAGAAGACAUAGCCAAGGCGAAAGGGGUGGAUUUGGUGGUGGUGAACCCAGUUUUGGUGCUUGGACCACUUCUGCAACCAACCAUCAACGCCAGCAUCAUCCACGUCCUCAAGUACCUCACAGGCUCAGCCAAGAUUUAUGCCAAUUCUGUGCAGGCCUAUGUGCAUAAAUCUGUUGUCACUGACCCUGGUGAUGAUGAUACUGUUAACCCCAGACCCGGUACUCUUCGCCACGCUGUCAUCCAGAACGAGCCUCUCUGGAUUGUGUUCAAGCGAGACAUCAUGAACACAACUACACAAGACUCUGAUACCACCACAAGCACCACUGCCUCUGCAGCAGCCUCUUAUGAGGCUGCCCUUGAAGAGGCCCCACCACAACCACCGUCACCACCAGCUGCUGCUGCUGCAUCAGCAAAAACAGAGCCUCCCAUGGCUGCUUGCUACAAUAGACAACGCAUGGAGACACAACUGACGACGAGCAGCUCCGCCGGUUCUGGUGGACGAGCUGGGAGAGGCGUUGUUCGUACCAGUUGUUGGAGCAACUUGAAGUUUUGCAGCCACUCUGGAAGUUCCUUAGUGAUGAGCUGAGCCCUCUUGAUCAGAUGGAUACAGAGCCGUUUGAUCCACCAUGCUGCUCUUAGUGAUGAGCUGAAACAUUGAACCCCUGCAGCAGGCUCAUAUUUGAGGAUGCCCCUCCUCCUUAAUAUUCCUUCCAACCUCUUAACAGAGAGAAGAAGGAAUGAACAGGGGAGAUCUCGGAAGAGAUUUUGGAACCUGGGGCCGUACAACCGCCCACGUGAUCGCACGUGCGAGACAUGAAGCCAGGAAUUAAGGCGAUGGCGUCCUCUUCUCUCUUCGUCUCCCAAUCACCGAAGUGAAGCCCAGUCACUCCCACGUGCUCGAGCCGUCCUUGAACGACUGCCAUGGCUCAGCCUUGCUUUGAUCUUCAGAUGGGAUCAAGUUCAGCUUCAUGGGCUCCUUUGGGUGGUGCUCUGUUUUGGAGCAGAUAUGUUUGAGCAUGGAUCAAGCACCAGAGCCAGAAAUCCAAGCCAAACAUGAACAAGUUUUAUUCGAUGAACUCGGACGACUCGCCACUCCGCUUCCACUCCCCGAUCCGAUCUGACGCUGGCGAACUCGGCCAACUCGUCCAACAUACCAGAGUCGAGCAUUUCGUCCACUCGCUUGCACAGCUCGGAAGAGACAGAACCAUUGAACCCCGGUUCGAACACGCUCGGGUCUGGCUCCGAUAAGGCCCGCGACACCACAAGGCCUGGUUCCGGUAUGGGCCGUCGGCUGCGCCGGACUGAUGGGUCCCAGUGAGCAAGCUCGGCCGCCUCCCCGUGGCUCCACUCAGACCUUGCUCAUGGCUGUCGACACUAGCAAUGAUGCUGCUUGGGUCCAAUAUAACGGCUGCGUUGGCUGCGUUGACAGCCUUCCUCAAACACAGACCUUUGGCUCCUCUGAUUUCUCACAUAUUUUCCCAAACUUUCAUUUGGGAUUUGUUUAAACCCGAUUUCAUCAUCUGGGUUGGUCUCACCGAGGCUCCGUCAACUCUCUCCAGGUUGAUGGAGACACUGGUGACGGGCUGAGUGCAGAUAGAAAUGAAAACUGAAUGAGAAGACCUUCGUACAGAUUUUCAGUGGGAGGAGCAGCGCCCAUUUGGCUGCUGUGAGUGCUGCUUACCAUAGCAUGUAUGGGAGUUCACUGGAGAAGGCUGUGAAAAAGGAGACUGCUGCCAUGGCAGUCUAUAAUAUCGGGUUUCCUUGCAGACACAGCAGGUCCCGUUUGCACGGGUCCCUUUGAUGUUGUGAAAACAAAGCUGAUGGCUCAGAGCCGAGGUGUGGAUGGCCAGAUGAAAUAACAAUUAAUUAUUUCUUUUUCUUGUUUUUGCUUUUGCUUUCGGCGGUAGACAAAGGCAUACAAAGAUGAAUGGAUGAUGGCUGGCACCAAGAUGAAUGGAUGAUGGCUGGCACCAACUCGAUUUAGUCGAGAUGCUGUCGGGUAUCAUGGGUUGUGCUAUCCUGCUGCACAUGCAAAACCACCCACCGAAAAUAAAGAGAUAAGUACUCUGCCUUAAUCUAUUUCCUUCAAUUAAAUACAUUAUUAAAAUACCUACAGAUUUUAAUACUCCUGACCAGUUUAGAUUGCUCAAAUCACCAGUAUUUGUAAACCAUGCAUUGCGGGAGUAUUUUGUCAAGUUGGAUAAUCUGUUUUCAUAAAGGAAAUCAAUGUUUUUAAAUGUAAGGAUAAAACUUUUAUUGUUAUUUUUAAAAAUAUUGAUUGACACUUCCUAGUGGAACUGUGGCUUGAAAGAUACAGUUAUAUUUUACCGCAUGAUCAAUAAUGCUAGGAUGUUGUUAUGCUAAAAAUAAAAAACCAAAAUAUUCAUGAUGAAUUUGCCCGCUUGUUUUUUGUUAGAUGCAAUAUGAUAAAGCAAGAAUACUUAUUAUUUCUUUUUGCUUUCGGGCUUUUGUUUUCAUCAUAAUAUAUAGGCAUAUGCCUGAAAUUUCUCUUUUGAUA